UCAGGACCCUGCAUCCACUAUAUCUGGUCUCCUGCAGCCAUCUUUCUUUUAUUUUCACCCAGCAAUCCUGCCAUUAAAGUGUUACUAAACCCAGGACCCUGCAUUCACUAUAUCUGGUCUCCCACAGUACACACAACAUGGAAGUGCAAUUAUUUUAGUAAAUAUAAACUGCUAAAUACCUUUUCUCUUCAGCAGUUAGAUCAGUCUUGUGACUUCUAUCAGUGUUCAGCAGAGCACUGGUUAAAGCUUGCAGGAGGAGUUUUCAUUUUGCUCUAG